AUGUCGACCCAACAAUUCACGUCCAUGUUCUCCUCGAGGCUGAGCUCAGCUUAUAACCAACUGCGGGGGGAUCUGGGAGCACCUCAAACAGCGACGGAAACCAUCGACAAGCUUGUGGAAAGGAUAAACACCAGUGCUGCAGUUGAGGAUAGACGUACGGCUGUACUUGGUCUGAAAGGUUUGAGCAGGGACUGGAAAGAGGAUGUCGGUAUACGAGCUAUGACACCUCUCAUUGCUGUCUUGGAGCAUGAUGCACCAUUUGACGUGGAGAUCGCUAAAGCAGCUCUGGAAAGUCUGAUGCAGCUUUGUGAGACUGCUGAAAAGCCUGCGAAAGAUGAUUUAGGUCUCAAGUUUACCGAUGCCUUCCUUGAGCAACCCAAACCACUUCACUCACUUCUUUCCCUUUUGUCCAACUCUCCAUCUUUUUACCCCCGUUUCUACUCCUUGCAAUUCCUCUCGCAAUUAUUGACCUCUCGACCGGCCGUUGCUCAAUCAUACAUCAUGUCAGCUCCACCUCCCGGUGUCGAUGGAAUAUUAUCGGUUUUGGAUCCAGCGCCACCACCAGGCAGUCAGCCUCAAGCUGCUCAACUGGGUGGGGGAGCCAGUGAAAUGUUAAGGAACGAAGCUUUAUUACUUCUACCUGCUAUGUUAGCUGGCAAUGCCGACCUACAGAAGAUCGUAGCCUUUUCCGGAGCAUUCGAGAGAUUGUUCCAGAUCAUAGACAUGGAAGGCGGAGUGGAAGGUGGGAUAGUCGUCCAGGAUGCUUUGACGGUAAUCGGUGGUCUGCUUAGGUUCAACGUUUCUAAUCAAAACUACUUCCGAGAGCUGUCUCUCAUCCCCACCAUCCCUAGGAUCAUCGGUUUCCCUUCUCCCUUACCGGCUGAUGUGCCCACACCAGACGAAUUCGCUCUUCAAUACUGGCCAGAACAGAAGAUCUAUAAUACUGGCUUGGUUUUGGGCUUGAUAAGAAUGCUUGUCGGAGGCCCAGGUGGCGGUAAUCAGACCGCUAUGGUGACCGGAGGUGUGACUCGAUGUCUCGUCGAAUUGUCCCUCGCAUCAAAUGCUCCAAACGGCAUCAAAUCUCAAGCACUCAAUACUUUAACACCGAUUCUUCUUUCUUCACCUGCCAACCAAGACUUGCUAUCAAGCCUCCUGAUCUCACCUCUUGUAGCCGUACACGCAGAUGAUGAGCAUCCCAAUGGCGGGUUUGUGAGGAUACCGAAUAAGCCGACUGCCGUAGCUUUAGUUACUGCUGUCAUUGAAGGUGAUCCUAGUGCUGGUGGGAGAGGUCUUAGAGGCAGAGCUGCGGGUGUGAACAUGUUUGAGGCAUACGUAUCGGGUAAUGAUGACGCUCGAAUCGGUAUUCUUUCGUCCAUGGUAGCUCCUCCUUCAGACAACCCUAACGCCAACUUCCCCGAUCAGCCUCAAUCAGCAGGAUCGCUCAUUCUCUCUGGCCUACUUGACCUACCUCAAUCUUCUACGGAGCCAUUCGAUCCUUAUCGACCGCUAUUCUCGUGUCUCUUACUUGCGCACCUGAUACGAAAUUCCGAACAUGCCAAGAAGUUAGCCCGAGAUAUCGCCAUUCCCUCUGGUGAUUCUGGCGAUAGCGCCAUAGCAGAUGACGAAGACAAAGUCUCGCUUGUUCAGUUGGUCGUGGGUAACCUCAUGAUGGCUUCGAGAGAACAGACUGAAUGUGUCAACCGAGCUGCAAAGGAAGGAUUGACCACUGGAUUACCCGAAGAAGAAGAUUGGACAAGGGUGAUGGUUGGAUAUUUGGUACUGUUGUGCACUUGGUUGUGGGAUAGCCCAAAGACAGUCAAGGAGUUUUUGAGUGAAAGUGCUAAUCUACAAGUCCUCAUUCAACCGAUCACUCAGGCUACCGGUAUCGACCCUUUGGUCCAAGGUUUGAGCGCAUUCCUUCUAGGUGUGUGCUACGAAUUUAACAGAGAACCAGGAGAAAUCACUCGUGCAACACUUCAUCCCAUUCUCCAUUCUCGAAUUGGUCCAGAUCAGUUCGUCUCUCGGAUGGCCAGAUUACGAGAAGAUCCUCGAUUCAGAGCUGUCCAGCCUGAUGCUUUCGAUACGGAAGGGAGCGAUGCCACCGCAGCUGCGACUGCUGAAGGGGAAGCGGAUGAAGUUGACGAAGGGUUAGAAUUGUGGUUUGAUUGGGCAUUUGUUGACUUCUGGAAGAACCAUUAUUAUACCAUCCAACGAUCAAUCGCGAUAGAUCCGGAUGCUGUAAGGGGUUCUGGGCCUGUUGAUGAUGGGGAGACUGCCGUAAUCAUCAUGUCACUCCGACAGAAACUCAAAGCUCAGACGGAUGAAGUGGUACAACUUCAGUCCAAACUGGAGGCGUUGACCAAGGAAAGCAAACAAGAGAAAGACACAUUGGUUCACGAGGUCGAUUCGCUCUCGUCGCAGAUUGCUACCCUCUCAACGCAAUUACAGGAAACUACAAAUGCCCGAUCGACUUUGGAGGAAGAACUAUCGAUCUUGAAGAACGAAUAUGAAUCCCUUAAAGAUAUCGCAUCCUCAGCUGAAAGCACCAAAUCCGAGCUUGAGAAAGUUUCAGCCGAACUCGCGACGCUCAAAGACACUCAUGAGAAAGCUUCAUCGGAAUUGAGCUUAGCCAAGGCCAGUUCGAAAUCACGUGAAACCAAAUUGAAGGAUCUCGAAGCUAAAGUCAAAGAUCUAGAAGAAAAAGCUAAAUCUGCUCCUCCACCCUCGAACACGGAUAACGCCUCGUCAGAAGAGGACAAGAAAGCGUUAGAAGUGAAGAGCAAGGAAUUAGAUGAAUUGAAGAAAUCUCUCGAGGAAAGCAAAUCGGCAUUGGAGAGUGCUCAGAAAGAGCUGAAGGAGAAGAUAGAGCUGGAAGAGAGGUUGAAAUCGUCCGAAGAGAAAGUAUCUUCAGGUGAGAACAGAUCAAAAGAAUUGGAGGAGAAGACCAGUACGCUUGAAAAGAAGAUUGAGGAAUUGGAAAACAAACUCAAGACUGCUGAAUCGGCAGCACCAGCACAGGGUGGUGGUGGAGGAGAAUCAGGUAAAGCAGCUAAGAAGCGAGCUGCAGAGCUCGAUAACAAAGUGAAAGAGCUAGAGAAAUCUUUGGAGGAGGAAAAGACAAAGAGGGAAGAGGAAAGUAAGGAACAUGAAGAUCUUUUGGUACUUCUAGAUGAAUUGACGGCGAAGAGGAAUGCGGAUAAGAAGAAAUUGAAAGAGAGUGGAAUUGAAGUUAGUGAUGAUGAGGAUGAAGAGGAGGAAUAA